AUGGCGCCUUCAGGGCGAUUACUCUCUGCCUUAGUGUCCGGCACCAUCGCCUUCACAGCCAAAAUAUCCGGUGUUCCUGAAUUACUGCUUUCCUUGACGGCUCCUGGUGGUCAGCAAGCCAUUGGACGCAAGCUCGAGUUACCCGUUUUUCAUCCCUGUGUACGACUGGCAAAAUGGAGAGAGCGACCAGGGGAGCUGAGCUUUGUGCCCCCAGACGGGCGGUUUAUUCUUGCAGGGUAUGAGGUAGACCUUCUACCAAUAGAUCCCAGUCUCGAUCAGCCUCCAAGUCAUAUGGAGAAGCUCUUUCUGCCCGCAAUUGUAGACAUUCGUAAAUCUCUCGGCUCAUCUGGCUCCGAUUUCGAAGUCCGCUUGAUCCUCAACACAAAUUUCCCGGGAUAUUCGUCUUCAAACCGGCCUGGAGGACGAAAUGGUUCCGGUACGUCGACACCGUCGUUUCUUGGAGGAGGCGGGAACUCCUCGGGUCCUGUCUUAGAAGAUGUUUUGGUCACGAUACCCAUUCCGAAAUCAGUCCGUAAUAUCACAGACAUGCAAGCCAGCCGCGGUGAUGCGCUCUUCUCCCCCGGUAACAAUGUCCUUGAAUGGCGAGUCCCGACCAAAGACGCUGGAACCGUCUCGGGCACCGCAACCCUCCGUUGCACCGUGGCCGGACAUUCAACUGGCGACGAUGACUUUGAUGACGAAGCCGAAGAAGUCGAUCCGGAAGCAAAUCUCCUCCAGGGCUACUACGACCCCGAACCCUCAACAUCCUACCAAGCCCCCGAAGAAGGGACAACAAAGCGGAAAACGAAGAAAAAGAAGAAGAAGAAGGUCAAGAAGUCUUCUCGCGCCGCCCCCGCCAUACCAGAUGCAGACCAACAGGAGGAGAUACCCCAAGAGCCAUCGCAACCGCAAUCUCCGACACCUCCUCAGCCCUCCCUUUCACCUCAACCACAAGCACAACAACCUCCAACAGACGACGCCUCCCGCUCAAUCUUCCAUACUACACAACGCAAAACCAAAGCCCAGUUGAACGCAACUCUCAUGCCUAAUUCUGCCGCGGUGUCAUUCUCAGUCAGAGGCUGGCUACCCUCAGGAAUCAAGGUGGACAGUCUGAACAUCGACCCGCGACGAAGCCGUGGCUUGGGCGAGACUGUGAAGCCCUACAAGGGAGUGAAGUAUUUAUGUGUCAGUCGAAAAGGAGUUGAGAGAAGAUGUUGA